UAAUAAUUGUAAACUUUUUUCUACCACAUCGUUAACUCUGGUUAAUGAUGACAUGUUCUCAUUUUUUUGAGAUUUGUGCAUCAGCAGCUAGACAAGAUACUUACAAUAGAGAGUGUACACAAUGCUUUGAUUCGUGGGAUGAUUUACUAGGAGUUGAUAUAUGUCUUUCAUGUUUUAAUACUGGGUGUUUAGAUGAGGAAAAACAUCAUGCACUUAUUCAUUUUCAACGAACACAACAUCCAGUUGUUGUUAACAUUAAAAGAAUAAGAGUAGCUACGGAUCGUCAAGAAAAACCAUUACAAAAACAGGUAAAAUUAGUUAUUCAAGAGGAGACAGGACUAUAUGAUAUUCAAACAUGUGUUAAGUGUUAUAUAUGCAAGAUAUCGAAUAUUAAUGAAGAUUCUGAUGAUUUAGAAAAUAUUAUUAGUUCUAUUAUAUCUUCGCCUUCGGCUGUAGAAAAAAGUGAAAUUAGCUCAUGGGAGCAUGAGCUAACUAGUUGUGAACAUGUUUUUUCAUUACUUCAAGACAACAUGACAGAAGAUUUUAAUCAAUCUUUAUCAUUAUGUGUCGAAUGUGAUUUAAAAGAAAAUUUAUGGUUAUGUUUACAAUGUGGAAAUGUUGGUUGUGGGCGUCGUCAAUUUUUUGAAAACUCUGGAAAUGAACAUGCGUUGCAGCAUUUUGAGAAAACGUUGCAUCCCAUAAGCAUCAAACUUGGAACAAUUGCUCCAGAAGGAAUACCAGACAUAUACUGUUAUCUUUGUAAUGAUGAGAUUCUUGAUCCAAAUAUUGAUAUGCAUUUAAAACAUUGGGGAAUAGAUAUUAAUCAACAUAAAAAAGUUGAAAAAACUUUAGUUGAACUUCAAAUUGAACAAAAUAUGAAAUGGAAUUUUGCAUCUUUUGAUAAUAAUGAAAAUAUAAAAUUUUUAUAUGGGCCUGGUUUUACAGGUCUUAAAAAUUUUGGAAAUACUUGUUAUAUGUCUUCUAUUUUACAAGUAAUAUUUUCUUUUAAAGUAUUUGAAGAACGGUAUAUGUCAUCUUUUCUAAAACAUCCAUUAAAUUGUAGUUUUUUAUCUCCAUCUUUGUGUCUUGAAUGUCAAUUAAACAAAAUUGCAGAUGGACUUAUAUCUGGUCGUUAUUCUAUUCCUAUAAAAGAUAAUAAUUUUUUGGAAGAAAACAAAAAUUAUGAAAAUACAAUCACACCUAUUAUGUUUAAAAUGCUUGUAGGAAAAAAUCAUUCUGAAUUUUCAACUAUGAAACAGCAAGAUUCUUUUGAAUUUUUAUUACAUCUUUCUAAAUUAAUAUCUCAGCAAAGUCGUGCAUCUAAUUCAUUUGAUCCUACUACAGCCUUUCGUUUUCGUCUUGAACAACGGUUACAAUGCCUUUCAUGUAAACGCGUUAGAUAUAGCUCAUAUGAUCAGGAUAACAUUUCUCUUUCUUUUCCUGUAAAAAAAUAUUCCGAUGAUGAAGAUAUUCUUAAGGAAAUUACUUUAGAAGAAUGUCUUGAUUUUUUUACUAGUGAAGAAAAUAUUACAUAUUUUUGUAAAAGUUGUGGGCAAAGAGAAGGUGCUACUCGAAAAAAUUUGUUUUCUACUUUUCCUGAAAUUUUUAUUAUUAAUAUUCAGCGUUUUGAGUUAAUAAAUUGGGUUCCUAAAAAAUUAAAUGUUUCUAUCAUUUUUCCUGAAAAUAUAAUUAAUUUAGAUAAAUAUUUAUUUAAAGGAGCUCAACCAGAUGAAGAUAUAUUACUUGAUGAUCAAGAAAAUGACUCGUUUUAUGAACCAUUAAUUAAUAUGAAAUAUUAUGAGCAAUUGCAAUCUAUGGGAUUUUCUCAAGCACAUUGUAAAAGAGCUCUUAUAGAAACAGGAAAUUCAGAUAUAGAAACAGCGAUGACAUGGAUGUUAUCUAAUCAGGAUUGUUUAAAUAAUAAUGCAUUUGAAUCAGAUAGUUUUGAAAUAAAUGAGGAACAAGUAAAAAUUUUAGAAGAUAUGGGUUUUUCAUCUUCUCAGGCAAAGAAGGCAUUAAAAGAAACUAAUUCGAAUACUGAACGUGCUAUAGAAUGGUUAUUUUCACAUACAAAUGACAGUGAUGAUUUUAAAAUUAAUAAACAAAAUGUUAUCAUGGGUUCUAGUGAACUUCCAAUAUCAUAUAAGUGUCAAGCAAUUGUUUGUCAUAAAGGUGGGAGUGUUCAUGCUGGACAUUACGUAGCUUUUAUAAAAAAACAUAUUUCUAAUAAAGAAGAAUGGGUAUUAUUUAACGACGAAAAGAUAACUCAGGUUAAUGAAAUUAAAGAAGCACAUAAAACUUCAUAUAUAUAUUUUCUUUUAAGAAUUUAA